AUGGAAGCGGAAGCAUGUGCAGAGCGUUUUCUAUGGUGCUUCGCCCGCUACCACUGGUGGCCCGACGCUAUAACGAGCGAUAGGGGCUCGAAUUGGGUAGGCCGCUUUUGGAGGCACAUGUGCAAGUUACUGGGGAUCGACCAGCAGCUAAGCACGGCGUACCACCCCCAAACCGACGGAGGCCCUGAGAGGAUGAACCAAGAAGUACAGGCAUACCUCCGCGCCGUGAUUAACCAGAACCAGAACGACUGGGAUAAGUGGGUUCCCGCGGCUCAGAUGGCGUUAAACGGUCGGGUCAAUACCUCUAUAGGGAUGUCCCCAUUCUUCGCUAUACACGGCUAUGAGCCGAAGUCACCAGUUCCCCUCGUUACGGAAGCAUAUGCGGAAGAGUAUCCUCAGCAUUCGCCAGAAACCAGGGCAAAGAAAUUUGUUACCAAACUACAACAGAUUACGGACCUCUGCCAAGCAUCAAUGGCGACAGCUACGCAGCAACAAGAACGCUUCGCUAACAGACGACGGAACGCGGCAGAACGCUUCGAAGUAGGCGAUAAGGUUUGGCUUGACUUACGGAACUACGCGUCAGAGCGACCUAAGAAGAAGUUCGACUGGCUGCACGCUAAGUAUACGAUAAGCAAGGUACUCGACCCGUACACGGUUGAACUAGCAGACCUCCCGAGGGGCUGCUAUAAUAGGUUCCACGUCGACCAACUCCGGAGAGCGGGGACGGACCCAAUGCCUGGUCAGCAACGCACAGACGCUCAACCCCCAUCUAUCCAAGUAGACGGGGAGGCUCACCAAGUAGUAGAGGAAAUACUAUGCGCUAGGUGGAAGAGAACCGGCCGCGGCCGUAGGCGGGAAGUCCUUGUACGCUGGCAAGGUUGGCAAGACCCGACCUGGACCUCUUUAGACAAUAUGCAACAGACAGCGGCCUUGGAUAAGUACGAACAGAGAUACGGCCCGGCUCUCGAAAACGAUGGACCAUACCAGCACCGACGAGUGGCAACGGAAGCACAGCCGGCCCAAAUCCAGGGGCAAGUCGAAGGAAUACAACCACAGCUGCAGAUACAGGGCAAGAGAAUACGCGGACCACUACGGGCUAGGACUAAUGGCGACGCCCCGUCGAUAGUAACGGCACCAGACCCUAUAGACGACGGCCCUACGAUCGUUGUAGAGGACCAGGAACAGGAAAAGGGCACCAGCGCCAGAGAGGAGUAG